AUCGUGGCGAUGUGGCCGUACAUCGAGUAGUAAAUGAUAGCAAUCUUGGUCAUUUUAGUGGUUUACAAAUAAAACUUGGGAGUAUUUGUGUUUGACGGAGAAGAUUGAGAAGUGGGUUCGGAAACGUUUUUUUCUCAAAAGUGAUUUAUAACAAUCGGUCUUUUUAUGAACUUUCUAGGCUUGCAAAAGUUACGAGCGCUUUCCGAAUAUUUUCAUUCGCAUAAAUGCUGAUCUGAUGAUAUAUGAGCUAAAAGAACUUGCGGAAUGGCGUUGAAGAAAUAUCUGUAGCCAUGGAGCUAAUUCAUUGGUCAGGUCACACUGAUCAUUGCCGUUUGACACCCCCUUGCAUUGUCGUUAUGAAACGUGUUCAUGCGACCUGUCAAUUCACGUCCUAUAAUUCAUCACAACUUCGCCGCGAAAGUUUCGAAUACUUGCACUGCUCGGUGCAAAGCAAUUAUAUUCCUACUAUCAUCAGCAAGACGAUUUGAUAUUGUUCACGGAAGUCAAGAGCACUGCCUAACAUUCAACGGUUUCAGAAUUUUAACGGCGUCGUAAUGAGCUGAGCUAAAUAGCUGAUCAUUAAAUAUGGAAAUACCAUGUUAACAUACAGCAAAUCACAAAAAAUUACAUAAAUGCAGCUAGCAAGUAUCUAGAGUUUCGCUUCAGUCGCCGUAUGUAAAGCCUAAGAUAAGGUUUGUUUGAUAAUCGCUUCAUUUUUGUCUUGCUCAAUCAAGUUACAAACCGAGAUACUCUAAACGUUUAUUGUCGCAAACAUGGUUACACAUAUGUAGAAGUCAGCCAACAAGAUUUUGAAUGCUAGCAAAAGUUAUCAGAGU